AUGAAGGACGGAAGCACCAUUGUUUUCAAAAAACGAUAUACUGUGAUUAAAAAGCUCGGAAAAGGAGCGAGCGGGAAAACGUACUUAGUGGAGGACUCCCACGAAUCUCAAAAUUGCACGAAGGUUUUGAAAGCUCUGAAGUGCAUAAAACUUGAUGACAAUUCAGCAGCGGUUCAAAGAGAUUAUGAAAAAGAAGCCCACUUACUAUCGAGUCUGAAACAUCCUUAUAUACUUCGUAUUCAUGAAAGUUUUGUUGAUAAAGAUAGGUUCUGCAUUGUGUCGGAAUUUUGUGAAGGGGGUGAUCUAACCAAUUACUUAAAACAAGUGAAGAGUAAAGGAGAACGUAUCAGUGAAAAAAAUAUUGGAAAAUGGCUUGUACAACUUAUACUGGCCACAGUUUAUAUGCACAAAAACAAAAUACUUCAUCGUGACUUAAAAACAAGUAAUAUAUUUCUAAAGAAUGGAAAUAUUAAAGUUGGUGAUUUCGGUAUUUCGCGUUCACUGGCCACAACUGAAGAACUGGCAACUACGUUUAUUGGGACUCCUUAUUACAUGAGUCCGGAAGUUUUGAAGUAUGAAGGAUAUAAUAAUAAAUCAGAUAUUUGGUCAAUUGGAAUAAUUCUGUAUGAACUAUGCACCCAAAGAAGAGCAUUCACUGGAACUAAUCUAAUGCGUGUUAUGUGGCAGGUUAUAAAUGAUCCUUGUCCUCAGCUACCAGAAAUUUAUUCAAAAGAAUUGCAAGACGUUUUAGAACUAAUGUUAAAGAAGACUCCCCAAGAAAGACCAUCUGCUUCAGAGCUUCUUCAAUCAAAUGUAGUUCACUCGUACUUACGUGAUUUAUACAAAGAAACCAUAUUUCACAUGCAAAAUGAAUUAUCUGAUGAAAGUCGGAAGAAUGAGAAUGAAUCUAAUAGACUUAUAUCGUUUGAAGAAUUUAUUAGUUCACCUGAUUCAGUUUUACAUAAACAACAGUCAAUUGAAGACGCUGAAAAGUUUCCAAUACAAUCAAAUGAAGAGACUGAAGAGAAUACAGAACAUUCAGAAGAUCAGUACUUAACACCACGUCAAAAAAUUAAAUUAAAUAAAGCAACUGAAUCAGAUAAAACUAUUGCAGUCUUAAGAGAUUUAGCAGAACAGCUUACACAUACUCGAAAUAGUUUAAAUUCUACCAAGGAAACACAACUGUUCACCUGGCAGAAAGGAUAUCCAUCAUUGAAUCAUAUAUGGCCUACAAUUCAAAUGCCAACAGAGAAACUGCUAAAUGAAUUAAAAAAUCUUUAUUCAGAGAAAAUAAACAAUGAAAUAAGCGUGACAGAUGAACUAGAUGAUGAUUUGGAAAUUGGAGGUGAUUUAUCUUUGCCAAAGAGACCAGGUUUAAAAGACGAUAAAAAGUUACUAGGUAAAGGUCCAGGUGCUGAAGAUGAAAGUCUUGGAACAUUUAAUUUUUCAAAUUUUACAAAACAUGGAAGUGAACAAAUCGAAGAUUUAACUAACAAUACGAGUUUUACUGAAAUAAAAUUUUUUUAUCCUUUACCUAGAUUAACUAGUCCAAUUUAUGAUUAUGUCAUAAUGAACGAAUUUAAGAAACAAGUUGAUAAUAAUGAUGACCCUAAUAUUAUUAAAAAGGAUAACAAUAAUCAAGAGAAUUUGUUUAUACGUCGACAACUUACGUUUCCAGAAAUGUUAAAUCAAAAUUAUACACAAUCAGCAAGACAGUUAAGUGAUAUUAAUAGUUCCAAAUUGAAAUGUAAUAGUGUAUUUACUGACGAUACUCAACUAAUGGAAACUUAUUACACAAAUUAUGAUAAUGAACUGUUAAAUUAUACAAAAAAUUUUAAUGAGGAGAAUUCAAAAGAAUUAAUUAAAAAUGAAAAUAUUAUUCAAAAUGAUUUGGAAGAUAUAGAAAAUCAAGAUAAUGAAGAUUCAACUGAUACAUUGAACGAUGUACUUGUUUGCAUGAAAGCAGCUUUGUAUCACCCUGAAGACAGUAAUACAAUAAUCUUGGAUGAUGAAGCAAAGGACAUAUUUAGUCCAGAGGCUAAAGCUAAAAGAAUUGAUGCUUUAAAAAAAUAUUGCAUCAACAAACUUGGCGAAAAAGAAUUUCACAAUGCUUACCAUUAUCUUUAUCAAAAACGUAUUUUGGAAAAUAAUCAAUCUGGUGAAUUAACAAUACUAAAUGGCUUAAAAUGUUAUUGUUCCGACGUGACUACCGGCUUUCUACUUGAUCAUUUAUUAUUUCUUGAAAAUGAUGCACUAAAACAAACAAUAAAUAUUCAAUUAUCUGAAUCUAUUCAUCAAAUCUUAAAUGAUAAUUUGCCAUUUUAUACGUCAAUUGGAAUAAUUCUGUAUGAACUAUGCACCCAAAGAAGAGCAUUCACUGGAACUAAUCUAAUGCGUGUUAUGUGGCAGGUUAUAAAUGAUCCUUGUCCUCAGCUACCAGAAAUUUAUUCAAAAGAAUUGCAAGACGUUUUAGAACUAAUGUUAAAGAAGACUCCCCAAGAAAGACCAUCUGCUUCAGAGCUUCUUCAAUCAAAUGUAGUUCACUCGUACUUACGUGAUUUAUACAAAGAAACCAUAUUUCACAUGCAAAAUGAAUUAUCUGAUGAAAGUCGGAAGAAUGAGAAUGAAUCUAAUAGACUUAUAUCGUUUGAAGAAUUUAUUAGUUCACCUGAUUCAGUUUUACAUAAACAACAGUCAAUUGAAGACGCUGAAAAGUUUCCAAUACAAUCAAAUGAAGAGACUGAAGAGAAUACAGAACAUUCAGAAGAUCAGUACUUAACACCACGUCAAAAAAUUAAAUUAAAUAAAGCAACUGAAUCAGAUAAAACUAUUGCAGUCUUAAGAGAUUUAGCAGAACAGCUUACACAUACUCGAAAUAGUUUAAAUUCUACCAAGGAAACACAACUGUUCACCUGGCAGAAAGGAUAUCCAUCAUUGAAUCAUAUAUGGCCUACAAUUCAAAUGCCAACAGAGAAACUGCUAAAUGAAUUAAAAAAUCUUUAUUCAGAGAAAAUAAACAAUGAAAUAAGCGUGACAGAUGAACUAGAUGAUGAUUUGGAAAUUGGAGGUGAUUUAUCUUUGCCAAAGAGACCAGGUUUAAAAGAUAUUAUCAUACAAAUGUAUAAGCUUAACUUACAAUUAAAUUUAUUUUUAAUUUUUAUAUUUAGUUUAAUCAACUGCGACGUCCACUCUAACUCAACAUUCAAUGGACCAUAUCCAUUAGUAAUGAUCCCUGGAACAGCUGGUUGUCAAGCUUUCGCUGUGUUAAAAAAUGAUCCUGAUAAUAAGACGUUACCUGUAUGGUUGAAUUUGGAACUUUUUGCAUUUAUAAAACAUUUUACUAAGUAUUUUAAAUUACAGUAUGAUCCGAAAACUGGUCGCAGUUAUGAUGCUGAAGGUGUUGACAUUGUUUUUCCAGGAUGGGGUGAAACAUGGUCAAUUGAGAAUCUAGAUAAAACACCAAAUAUGUUUUCUAAAUAUUUUGAUUCAUUGGUUUAUGUUCUAAGAAAAAAUCCGUUUUAUGUAUCAAAUUUUACAAUGAGAGGUGCACCAUAUGAUUUUAGAAAAGCCCCAAAUGAAAACUAUGGAUUUUUCGAUAAAUUAAAAGCCUUGAUUGAGGAAACUUAUGAAAAUGCAAAACAAAGACCCGUUGUCCUACUGCCACACAGUAUGGGAUGCUUAUUUGCUCAGUGGUUUUUGAAAAAAUGUGAGAUUCCAUGGAAAAAGAAGUAUAUAAAAUCCCUGGUGUUUUCUAGCUGUCCAUUUGGGGGUUCUGUGAAAACAGUGAAAGUUGAAGCCAGUGAAAUAAUAAAAUUUGUAACUUAAUGUAUACAUGAACGUGAAACCUAUAAAUAAUACGUUUGGUAAAUGAAGAAGGAAUGAAUCGAGUUAAGAAAUUUCUUUUCAACUAGUUUUUCAUCAUGGCUCUACACUAAUAUACAAUAAUGAAAGGACACCCUUCGAGUAUAAAUAAAGCCAGAACAAAUAUUGAUGCAGAAUAAUAUAAAUUUAUUAUACUUCGUGGUUUCUCGUCAGCUGCUUAUUCUUCGAGUAGAUACGUUACAUAAUAAUUAUAUAAUGACAUAUCGAUUAUAAACAAACAUUCAAUAAUUGGAAGAAAGAGGAUUAAUA